GCGGCUGUACCGACCUCGUCUCCAUGGCGACGCGUCACAAAGCAGCCGCGCAGCGCCCAGUCCAGCUGGCGGAAGGGGCCCCGCGACGGCCUCUUGGGGCAAGAAUGGCACAGCCUGGGCCCGAGACUCUGUGCCCCUCUCAAUAUGGGCACAAGAUCCAGCCAACUGAUACCAGUUGGGAUUCCUAUGCUACCACCAUGAAGACUGCGUUCACACCUAAGACUGGAGCAGCGCCUGCUUUAAUUCGUCAAAAAGGCACCAGAAGAUUCGGAUAUGCGUAUUCACUUAGGGAUCCUAUUCACAACCAGACACAGUACAAUGAAGAGUAUGUUUGGAAACCAUAUUCUAAAGAAGAUUUUAUCAACACUGGGACUUCAAGAGGAACCAGGAGCCACAAAUCUCACCUCAGUAAAGACUUCUUUCUCUGGACGCUACCUCAAGGUCAAUCAACAGCAUCAGUAAAGAGCUACUUCCCUUGGAAAAUCGCUGCUUCAAUGGACGAGGUUAGGAAAGCAAUACCAAAUCAGUUUAUUUCCCAUACAAGGAGAGACUUUGUGGACAGAACAGAAGCUCAGAAGAUUAAGCAGCAUUCUCAGAUGUUUCUAGAAAGGAAAAAGUUACUUCCCCAACCAGCAGACACUGAAUUUCGACGGAAUUACCAAAUUCCAGCUAAAAUUCCUGAGUUUCAGGAUUUUAGUUUCAAAUACGGAUGCCACUCAAGCCUAUCCAUUGCUUCUCAAGGUCUAGUCCCUUCUGUCCUGUACAGCCACUUGAGGAAUCAGGAGCGCACGAAGAAGCAGACCACGUACCAAAGUGAUUACGGGAAAGCCUACCUGGAUUUCUUAACAAUUCUAAACUCAUUUACUCCCUCUCAAGUCACAGAGUACCUUCAGAGCGUUUCCUACAAAGACCGACAGAUUCUUGAUCGCUUUAUUCGCUCUCACUGUGACGUCAACAAAGUGAUGGAAUGAAAAAGGAAAAUAGUUCAAAUGAAGAAAAUCUGAAAAUAACUGGGUUAUUUUCUCAAUAAUCAAGGAAAAAUAAGAUCUAGAUUGUUCUAAAUAUAACUUCGUGUAAAUGUGUUUUGUUUUAUUUUUAAACAAUAAGAUCAUUUAAG